AUGGCAUCAAAUCAUUUCUCAAACUCUGAAGGAAUAUAUAACAUUUUUCAUCAACCUGCUCUCAUCAUUGCCGGAUGUUCGGUGUUUGUAGCUCUUGUGCUCUCCAUUUUUCUCAUUUUUCAACAUCUUCGAUCGUAUACCAAUCCUUCGGAACAAAAAUGGAUUGUUGCUAUCAUUUCUAUGGUCCCAGUCUAUGCUACCGAGUCUAUAAUUUCUUUGUGGAAUCCAAACUUAUCUUUAGCAUGUGACAUUUUAAGAAACUACUAUGAAGCCUUUGCUCUAUAUUCUUUUGGCAGAUAUCUCAUCGCAUGUCUUGGUGGUGAAGGAAAGGUUGUAGAACUACUUGAAGAUGAAUCUGAAGAAAACAUCAAAAAGCCCUUAUUGCACGACUCCGAUGAGAAUAAUGGCACAGAACAAAGAUCAUUUUGCAACUUCUUUUGGCAUCCAUGCAGGCUUGGAAAAGAUCUUCUUGCUAUCGAAAAAUUUGGUCUUGUCCAAUAUAUGAUCCUAAAGACUGUUUGUGCAUUCUUAGCAAUGAUACUGGAACUUUUUGGUGUUUAUGGUGACGGGGAAUUCAAAUGGUAUUACGGGUAUCCAUAUAUGGCUGUAGUAUUGAACUUCAGCCAGAUGUGGGCAUUAUAUUGCCUUGUGCAGUUCUAUAAUGUUACUCAUGAGAGACUUCAACCGAUAAAGCCACUUGCAAAGUUCGUCAGCUUCAAGGCUAUAGUAUUUGCUACUUGGUGGCAAGGUCUCGGUAUUGCGCUAUUGUGUACGUUUAGAGUGCUACCAAAUGACGGAAAAUUACAAACCGGACUGCAGGACUUCUUAAUCUGUAUAGAGAUGGCCAUUGCAGCUGUUGCUCAUGUAUUUGUAUUUUCCGCAAAACCGUAUCAUUUUCUUCCCGCUUCUCCUGGAAAAGUCAAGAAGGAAACUAUAGAAGCGAAAUUGGAUAUAGAUGAAGGGGGAGAGCAUAAACCAGCUGUGCUUAAAGAGACGACGACUCAAGUGGAGGCUCCAAGAACAAGUGUCAAAGAGAGCGUCCAGGAUAUAGUUGUUGGCGGUGGACAACGAGUUGUCAAGGAUGUUGUACUGACGAUAAAUCAAGCAAUAGGGCCGGUUGAAAAGGGAGUGACUAAAAUUCAGCAGACUUUACAUCACAAAAAAGUGGUUUCAUCAGAUGAAGAGGAAGAAGAAACAGAUAUGGAAAUUGAGACUAAUGUCACAAAAUCUCAGUGA